AACUAUGAAACCUGAUCUCUGUCGACAGUGUCCACACACCAAGACAUCAUAAAAUAAUAUUUCUUAAAUAUUUGCGUGCUGCAAGUGCAGAAUAACUAGCACAAAAUGCACCCACUAACAAAAGUUUUGUGUUUUUAUGGUAUAUUUAGUGUCAGUGGUCAAUAUUACGAAUUUCCCGAUGUGUUAAUCGAACCAUUAAGUCCAAAAGGACUGAGAGUUUCAAUACCAGACGAAGAUGGAAUCCAGCUAUUUGCGUUUCAUGGGAAAAUUAACAGUCCGAUGAAUGGACGCGAAGCAGGCAUUUUUUCGGAGGACAUUCGCGGCGCCGAAAACGGACGGUGGACCUUUUUCGCUAAAAAUGCUCGUCUAAAACCAGGCGAUAAACUUUAUUAUUGGAUUCAUGUGCGUUACGAUGGAAGUGGUUACGAAAAGGACGGAGAGCCGUUUACGGUCAGUGAACUAAUUGCAGGUGACGGCUCCGUCUCAUCAACUACGACGACCACCACUUCCACGACGACUACUCGUCCACUUUGCGUGCGCGGCGAAACAAAGCUAAACGGAAAAACUGCUUGCAAAGGAAUGCUCAUUUUCCAUGAGACCUUCUCGAGGUUAGACAAGACGAAGUGGAAGCCAGAAGUCAAGUUUCCUCAAGUUCCAGAUUUUGAAUUUGUAAUCUACGACGAUGAUUCCAAAGUACUGUACACCGAAGGUGAAGCCUUACACAUACGACCCCAACUGACUGAAGAUGUAUACGGCAGGGAUUCGAUCAACCGCGAAUUGGACUUAAAUACUCGGUGCACAGGGCUCCUGCAAUCGCCGGAGUGUAUUCAAACGCCCAAGGGAUGGCACAUACUUUCUCCUGUGACUUCGGCGCAGAUAUCAACAGUGGAGAGUUUUAGCUUUGUCUACGGGGCUAUCGAGGUUAAAGCCAAGUUGCCAAAGGGCGACUGGUUGUAUCCAGAAAUCAGCCUAGUACCAAAAAGUGACGCUUACGGUCCUGGAUACGAUUCGGGUCGUAUACGCAUCGCGUUGGCAUACGGAAACCAAGAGUUAGACAAUGAGUUGUACGCUGGUGGCGUUUUAGGAGACUCGGAUGCCGCCCGAAACUACGCGUUGAAAAAGAUUUUCUCUUACUCCCAUUGGACCGAUGCUUAUCACGUGUAUCGAGUCGAGUGGAGGCCCGACAGUAUUGUCGUAAAAGUGGACGGAGUGGCGUUUGGCACAGUAUACCCACCAGCCGGCGGUUUUGCAAUCGAUCACAACAUAAUACAGGUAGAUCCCGCCGUUGCUGAUCGGUGGAGAAAGGGAACGGUACUUGCGCCUUUUGAUCAGGAGAUGUACGUAGUGCUGGGAGUUGGAGCGGCCGGAAUGGCGUUUCCAGAUUCAAUGGCCGAUAAACCGUGGGAGAAUGGUGAUCCCAAGGCUCCCUUGUAUUUUUACAGGAAUCAGACCACCUGGAAGCAGACUUGGGGCGACAAUAGCGUGUUGGAGGUGGAUUAUGUGAAAGUUUGGGCGUUGUAGUGCCACUUAGGCUAGUGGCAUUUGAUGACGGAUUUUUUGUAGAAGAUGAAUAGGUACCCUAAAUCCCAAAGGAAUGCCUAGUGUGAUAUGCUUUGCUAUUGUAUGAGUCUUUAGAAAGUAAUACAGGUGAUUUACAGUUA